GCCAGGGUUUCCAGGCAAGCGGCUCCGGCCAGCGCGAGAAGCCCCGCUCGGCGAACUCUGCCCCUCCCCCCCCCCUCUCUCUCUCUCUCUCUCUCGGGCGGCUGGCUGUUCCAAAACAUAGAUCGAGAGCGACAGCUGGCGGCAGCCGCCACUGCGCCUGCUCCGGGGUCAUCUCGGGGUGGGGGGGGCGGGUGUCAGCAGCACUUUCUGCGCCUGCGCACUGGACUGCCAGCCUGGGGGGAGGGGAAGAGACUUGAUAAAAUGUCUUCCCUUCCCCAUUUUCCUCCAAGCCACACAGUUUGAUUUUAAACAGCCCAGCAUUUGCUUUUAGCUUCACACAGACACUAAAACUUCCUCCUCUGUCCAACAUCUGAUGUUAGAAGGGGAGGAUUUGCAGACAGAAAUUUCUAUCCAAACAUCACAUCAAGAUCUGGGAGAGUCACUCAAUUCGUCGGGACAUGAAUAUCAGUGGCCUUUGAAUCGAGAAGGAGAAAUGUUUAUCUCUCUGUCUGCUUCAAAAUAUUUUAAACAUCAGUGUGGCUGGAAAAGCACCGAGACACACACACACACACACACACACCUGAGUGAGUGUGUUCCAGGGAAUUGACUGUGGAAAGAGCUUUAACCAGUUACACAGCCUGACAAAACAUCAUUCAGAGCAGGGAGAAACUAUAUAUCUGUUAUGUGUGUGGAUGAGGCUUCAACUGAUUGUCAAACCUGGAGAGACACAAGGACCCUACGCCAUGGAGAAACGAUGGAAAUGUGGGGACUGCGGGAAGGGAUUUCGAUUCCCGUCUGAGCUGGAAACUCAUCAACGCGUUCACACUGGGGAGAGGCCAUUCACCUGCUCAAUGUGUGGGAAGGGAUUCAGUGGUUCAUGGCAGCUGCGUGCACACCAGCGAGUCCACACUUUGGAGAGGCCGUUUCCCUGCUCUGUGUGUGGAAAGGGAUUCAGUGAUUCAUCCAACCUGCUGAGACACCAGCGAGUUCACACCGGGGAGAGACCGUUCACCUGCUCUGAAUGUGGGAAGGGAUUCACUCAGUUAUCCACCCUGCAGACGCAUCUGCGAAUUCACACUGUGGAGAGGCCGUUCAGCUGCUCGGAGUGUGGGAAGGGUUUCACUCAGUCAUCCAACCUGCUGCUGCACCAGCGCGUUCACACUGGAGUGAGGCCUUUCACCUGCUCCAAGUGUGGGAAGGGAUUCACUCGAUUAUCCAGCCUGCAGAGACACCAGCGAGUUCACACUGGGGAGAGGCCUUUCACCUGUAUGAUGUGUGGGAAGCAAUUCACUCAGUCAUCCAUCCUGCUAAAACACCAUGUUACUCACACCAACGAGAGACCCUUUAAAUGCUCUGACUGUGAGAGUGGCUUCAAAAGUGCUGCGGAACUGAGGGUCCACCAGCGCAUCCACACUGAGGAGAGACCGUUCAGCUGCUCUCGUUGCGCAAAGAGCUUUAGAACGUCAUCCAGCCUUCGGACACACCAACGUAUUCACACCGGGGAGAGGCCGUUCACCUGCUCUGCGUGUGGGAAGGGAUUCAUUGAUUCAUCCACCCUGCUGACACACCAGCGAGUUCACACCGGGGAGAGGCCGUUCAUCUGCUCCGUGUGUGGAAAGGGAUUCACUAAUUCAUUCAACUUGUUGACGCACCAGCGAGUUCACACUGGAGAGAGGCCGUUCACCUGCUCCGUGUGUGGGAAGGGAUUCAUCAAUUCGUCGCACCUGCUGAGACACCAGCGAGUUCACAAGCCUGCAGCCUGCAUGGACAUUUUCAGGUCUCUGCAUCCUGGACAGGAAGAGGUGAUCACGGAUAUGCCGAUCACCAUGAACUGGUACCUCAUGGAGAAUUUGGAGGAGGGCAUAUCGUCCAACCUGGAGGAACACAAGCACGCCCGCACAAUGGAGAAACCCUGGAAAUGCGGGGACUGCGGGAAGGGCUUCAAAGUCCCAUCUGCGCUGGAGGUUCAUCGACGCAAUCACACCGGGGAGAGGCCGUUCACCUGCUUUGAGUGCGGGAAGGGAUUCACUCAGUCGUCCCACCUGCUGACACACCAGCGAGCUCACGCCGGGGAGAGGCCGUUCGCUUGCCCCGAGUGUGGGAAGGGAUUCACUGACACUUCAACUCUGCUGAUACACUGGCGGAGUCACACUGGGGAGAGGCCGUUCCCCUGCUCUGAGUGUGGGAAAGGAUUCGCUCAGUUAUCCCACUUGCGAACACACCAGCGCGUUCACACUGGAGAGAGGCCGUUCAUCUGCCCCGUGUGUGGGAAGGGAUUCGCCGAUUCAUCCAACCUGCUGAGACACCGGCGAGUUCACACAGGGGCGAGGCCGUUCACCUGCUCUGAAUGUGGGAAAGGUUUCAGUCAGUCGUCCAACCUACAGACACACCAACGAGUUCACACCGAUUAGAGACCUUUUAGACGCUCUCACUGUGGGUGUUCAUUGUACCAACUGAGUUUAGGCAUGUACAGAUGGAGGGCAUUGAUUGGAUGAUUACUUGAGUGCAUAAAGAGAUGCUUACUGACAUUAUGUGGAGCAGGGUUAGGAGGUAUAUGCCUGUAAGGUUUCACUCUGUGAAUAAAUCUAUACCAAGUAAAGAUUGGUUCCAGUUUCUCCCUUCACCAGAGGGCUGUCAGGAAUAUAACAGGCUAACACAGAACGCCUGCCGAAUGGUGAAGUGUGGAAAUGAGAGGAAAAUAAAAUUUCGGACAGAAGCUUGCAACCUGAGUAGCUUUUAUGAGAAAUGGCUGAAAGAAAUUGGGAUGUGUCAGGGUCUGAUUACUCGCCGAUGUUCUCAGAACCUGAGCCGCACGACCAGUGGAAGAACGAAGUGGAGAUGUGGACACGGGUCACGUGCCUACCCCAAGGAGGAAACAAGGUAUGGCCUUGGUGUUGUCACUUCCUCACCAGAGCAAAAUCAGAAGCAAAAUAUUUUGUGAGCUGGAUGCCUGUCAGUUGGAUACUGAUGAAGGUCUGGGUCUUCUGUUCGGGUUCGUCGAUGAGAUUUACAGGGAGGAUGAUCGAUUGGAUGCCCUUGAAGGUCGGAGUUUGAUAGAUUUUGAAAUGGUCGUUCCAUGGAAGAACAGGUUGCGGACUUUAACAGAUUGCACCAAAGAUUGAAGGAAUUCAAUUUACACACCCCUGGCUCGGCGUUAGCAUCUCAGAUCCCUGGAUGGUAUCAGGGGUCACACGUGUCUAGGCUUUUGGCUCUAACUGCUAUUCACUUCUUGGAGAUGUGAGACGUGCGCUGCCUUCAGUAAAGUUCCCGGGAAGCAGCCACUUCCGGCAGCCUCGGUGGGACGAAUGGGACAUUCCGCAGCAUCGCAAAGAACAGAGGAUCCUGUGAUUGCUGCGUCCCAAGAUGCUCCAGACACUGCGACGCAGGCACUAGUACAAUGCAGGGACGAGAAAUUCCCGGCGUUUGGCAGAACUCCGACUUUAGGAUGAUGGAAUCCCGCCCUUUUAAUUUACCCCCCCCCACAACCCCUGAACUUUGCCUCCUCGGAGGUGGGUUCGAAAUGUAAUCGCGGUUUUUAAACCGCGCGAUGUAUAGCCUGUUGUGUGUCAAAACGCGGUGCUGGGCCGCAAGCUGCCGGGUCAGGAGGGAGGGAAUCGAAUGUGGCAUGUGAAGGCGGGCGGGACAUCCCCGAGCCUGGCUGCGGACUGGGAGGAAAUCACGCGCGACGAUGUCGGGCCUGCAUCCCCACGUUAUCGCGCCAAUCCCGCGAUAUUUUGUUUGGCGGGUGCCUGCGGAUAUGUCAACAGCCUAUUGAGGCCGU